AUGUUGUUCUCCAAGGCUGUCUCGUCCGUCGUGGGCGCCACCGUCCUCGCCGCCACUGCCGUCACGGCGCAGUCGGUACCCGCAUUCACUUACGGCACCGCCAACCCAGACUACCCAGGCGUCAAGUCCACCAACCGCAACGGGCCCACCAACCCCUCGGCCCCUCAGCUCAACACGCCCAUCAACCAGACCUCGGUCUCGCGACUCGCUUCCAUCAACUCGAUCGACGACUGGUGCACUUUUGGUCCUCCCGGUACGGGUCAGCCCCUCGCCGAUGUCGAGGAGAUCACCGUCGCCUACUGCACCAAACCCCGUAACAACGCCCGUGUCAUCCCCGACGGCUCCGUCACCGGUGCCCACUUUGUCAAGACUCCGCUCUACGUCCAGCUUAUGGCCGUAGGUGACUUCACCAGCAUCGGGUUCAUGGCCGGCGAUGAGGGAGGAGAGCUCGACCCCCACGGUGCCACCAACAUGGGCAACCCCGUCGGCGGUAACGUCACCUCCAACGUCUCAGGCCAGGACGUCUUCUACGAGGAGUGGAUGAACUACGCCUCUUCCAACCAGAUCUGCUUCCGUGUGUGCAUCGCAGGUAGCGAGCAGGCACCCACGGCUCUCGAGUGCCAGCACACGCUCGACGUGAUGGGCUGCAACUUUGUCAUGCCCGGAAACUACGCCGAUCAGGUGUUCGAGACUUGCGACGGGGACUCUGCUUACCCUCCUGGUCUUUACCCCGAGGGCAACGGUCAGACCUCGACGUUCGUCCAGUACUUCACGGGCGAGUACGCCGUCGGUGGAACCACCUACUCGUACACCAACGGCUCUCCCGACGAGACCACGCCUCAGGCAGCCUACUCCACCCCUUCCACCUCCAACUGCAAGACCACCUCGAGCAUCGGCAACGGCAUCAAGUCGCUCAUCGCCUCCACGUCUUCCUCCACACCGUCCUCGUCGGCUGCCAAGGCCAGCAAGACCUCGUCGGGCUCGUCGGCUUCCAGCACUGGCUCUUCGGGCUCGUCCGGUUCCAGCUCUGGUUCUUCUGGUUCGUCCGGCUCUUCGGGCUCCGGUUCGGGCUCGUCUGCCAGCACCACCAGCGGUGCAUCCAAGCUGGUCAGCACCGGCUCGGCUGCUGCUGUUGCCCUCGUCGCUGUCGUCGCCGGCGCUAUGAUGCUCUAA